AGCAGGAGCGAGAGGGAGGAGGAAUCAUUUUUCUGUAGCUGCGGUGAGGGGGCUGGCACCGAGGAGGGCGCUCGCUGGCGUCGCCUGGGACACACGGAGACAGCGACUGUUAGGGAGAAGCGGCGAUUCGGGGCGGACGCACGCACUCACACAAACAGACGCACGGCUGCUCACGCACGCGUGCACACUCUCUCAUCUCAGACAUGCGUCCCCGGUCUAGACUGAUGGCUAAGAAGCGUCUGCCCACCAUCAGGGAGGGCUACGAGGAGCUGCUGCAGGACAUGAACCAGACUAACAGUUGCCACACUGUCCAUGCGGAGGCGCUCUCCUCUGAGGCCUACCUGCAGUCCAUCUGCCAGCUGGCACGGCCUGCCUUUCCCUUGCGCGAGCCCGACCGUGAAAUCCUGGCCCUUGGCUCUCUUGACUCAUUCAGGUCUGGCCUGAGGCUGUCUAACGUUUCCCCUCCAGCUCCGUCUCGGCCCCCCUCCCCGACCGCUCGCCGCCACAUUCAUGGAAACAGAGGGAGUGCUCUGGCCUUCUCAAACACCCCAAUCGGGAACCAUCAUGGCACCCCUGACCCCCUUGAGUAUUUGUACGGGCACCAAAGCAACCCCAUCCUCCCCACCGACCUUCUGCAAGAUGCCAAGGGUAAGUCACUCCCUCCUCAGGAGAACAGAGCCCCGGCAGUUCCUUGUUGCCGAGUCCGAGCCCACAGCUUCCCUCGCCUGUGCUCUUCGCCCCCCGCCCUACGCAAGAACAGCUGUCCUGAGUUCAGCCCGCGGGACACCACUAGCCCUGCCUGCUCUUGGGCAGAGGCCUGCCCACCCACAAUGAGCAAGACCGACGACAGCGGACGGCCGUCCUGUGGGGUACAUGCAGAGAGAGGCAGCGACCUUGGCGGGCAGAGGGAAAACGGCGGCAAAUCCGGGGAGAAGCAUUCCGUCAUCUCCCACUGGAUUGCAGACUGCAGGAGUGCCUGGAGGGAGGCCCGCAUCCGAUCAUGCAUGCUGCCUGCCAUUGCCGAGAUGUAGACGUGUCCUGAAGGUCUCCCCUCUCUGCUCUCCAAACACUUGGCCUCUUUUAAAUAGUGCACACAGUGAUGCACUUUCACAUUGCACAUCUACACACGCUUAAAGGGCAUUUGAUCAGAAUAUGGCACUUAUUUUAGACAACAGAAAAUAUAAAUUAUUUAUGAAUUUAUUGUAAUUUAGUUGUUUCAGAUUAAUUACAUUUAUUAAAUAAACUGCUCCCUCAGGACCAGAUUAAUACAGUACUAAUUUUGCAAUUUCACGGGGUCUUUUGAGUAGUUUAAGCCAGUAUAGUAUAUUUAUAUGUCAUUUCCCUCCUCAAUUUUUAUGAGGCUUGAAAAAGUUAUCACUGCAUUUAAGGUGGAGAGCUUAAAAAUAGGCCAUCUGGACAGUGGAACAUGAACAAAAUGAAGAAAAAUCCCUUGUCUCUAAGCUUCUAACCCGUAGUCACAGAUCCCAAACAAGAAUUACAGCUUUAUCUUUCCUUAUUAUUUCAAUCUACAUACUUCAGCGGAGCGCAAAACGAACUGUGAGUUGUACCUAAUUCCAGCAAUAUGUUUCAAAGGCCUCUGUCCUUGUUCUAUCAAGGGUUUUUCGGCCGGUUAAUGGUGCCGUUCGGUUUUGAAGAAGAGCCUUUGGGCAUGUCCUACGUUUUGUCCCAACGACGGGCAUCGACUGCAGGUACAGCUCCAAACUUCAGUCCUACAGUGCUGUGCAGUAUGUUUGUAUCCUCCAUGCACAACCAGAUGUAGAAUCAUACUCUGAAGGAGCAUGCGGAUGUAACGGAUCUUGUGGUGGUAUGAAGCGCUCGUUUGUUUUUGUACCUCUGUGCACUGUUGGUCAGUAAAUCAUGAAUAAAGUGUUUUUUUUUAAUGUUG